UGUCAUAUAAUAUUGUGUGCAUUGAUCACACACGGAUUCGAAUGAUUUGGGGCAUGACAUACCCAGAACGCGCCGACAAUUGUUACUUUACACUAAUAUAAACAACUACUACAAAUUUACGUUGAAGGUUAAGUUUUAAAUGCGUUAGGGAGGUAAAUUGCUAUAACGAAGAAAAGAAGAGUUUUGCAUUUUACAAAUUAUUGCCUAACUGUAUGACUUGAGAGAAAAAAGAUACAUUCUCUAAUAGGUAAAAUGGCAGCUAGUGACAAUGGAUCAGAUUAUUUUGAUGACAAAAAGUGCACUAUUUGUAAAAGUAAAGGUAUAAUAAAGGAAUCGACGACAUUUUGUUUGGAAUGUUCCGACCAUUAUUGUUUACAAUGUUCUGGUAUGCACAGGUUCUUCCCUGCUUUACAAGGACAUACGUUACUUGAUCAAUAUAAAUGUAAUGAUCAUUCUCUAUUGGAAAAUUCAACAAGUGAUUCAACAGAGAGAUGUCCAAGUCAUAAAGCACAACAGUUGGAACUAUAUUGUGAGGACCAUGAUGAAGUUGUUUGUUUAUUAUGUGUAGCUAUCAACCACAGAUCAUGCAAAUUGCACUCCAUAUCAGAUGAAAAAAUUGGUUCAUUAUUCAAACAUUCAACUUCUGAUCAAAUCAUUGAACAACUUUCGAAUGAUAAACUAGAUUUAGAGGCUACAAAGAAUGCUACAAUUGAUGUAUUGAGCGAGUUCAUGGAACAAAAGGAAUUGGCAGUUAAUUCUGUUAGAGACCAUAUAGCAGAAUUAGUGACUGAGCUCAGCAAGCUUGAAAAAGAAUCAAUUCGCCAAAUUGAUGAAGAAUACGGAAAUACUGAAAGAAAUUUACAAAACGCCAUUAAAGAGACAGAGGGAAACAUUAAUGAGCUAGUACAAUGUCGGGACAAGCUUGGAAUUUUAAAUGAAAACAAAGUUCAAAGUUUUCUGGCUAUCAAAAUGGCUCAGAAGGCUAUUGCUAAAGCCAAAAACUCCAAAGAAUUAUUAAAAGAGCUUUCUGAUGUAAAGGUACAGACUUUCCAUAUUGAAUUUAAACUUAAGAACUACAUUCAACAAACCAAAUCAUUGGGACACUUAUGUGUUGAAGAGGAAGCAAAAGAGCCUUUAACCACCUUCUAUACGCUUAAUGAGCAAAGAGAUGUUGAUAUCAAGAUAUCGACAGAUAAAAAGACCUGUCGAAUAUUUGGUACUUGCCUAACCGACAAUGGCUGUUUGCUUCUUGCAGACUGUAAUAAUAAAAAUAUAAAACGAAUUGACGUUACUACAGAAAAAGUAAAAGACCAUUUAUGUUUGGAAGCAGCACCAAAUGCAGUUUGUCAAACAAGUAGAGAUGAAGCAGCAGUAAGUCUUUCAAACAAUAACAUUCAGUUUAUAUCGCUGGCAAACGAGAUGACAGCAACGAGAUCACUUGAAAUGGAUCACUAUUGUAGUGGACUGGCAUAUAAUGAUGGAGAACUAUUCAUGACUAACGGAUCAAGUACAAUUUGUAUGCUUGACAGGGAAAAUACCUAUAUACAAAAGAAGUUAACUGAAAAGUCAGGAGAACCAGUUUUCAGUAAAACAAGGCAUAUGUGUUUGAGCACAAACAAAGACUUCAUGUAUGUGGCUGAUAUGGACAAAGGUCUAAUAACUCUCGACAAGCAAGGGUCGUAUGUGUCUAGUUUCAAUGAUCCUGAUUUGAUUGAUGCGAGAGCGGUUUGUACAGAUGGCAAAGGAACCAUGUUUGCAUGUGGAUUUAAAUCACCGUGUAUUAUUCAGAUCAGAGAAGAUUCAAAAAGAAAAUUGGGCAUCCUAAAAUCAAAACCCGAGCAUCUCUCGAUUUGUUUUGACCCAAAUCAGAAUAGACUGUAUGUUACAUAUGACGGUUGUGAUUCAAUCGAAGUUUUUGAUCUGAAGUAAUGUAUCUAAUUCUCUAUUCAUAUUUCAUUUUGUUUAUUGACUUCAUCUAACAUUCAUGAACGUGUACAUAUUGCAAUAAAAUGGACGCACAAUCUAUGUCCUCGGCAGCAAACAUUACUAAAUAUGGACAGUGAAUACUCGUAAUACAAACUGUAAUGAUUAUUUCUUAUUGUUAUGAGCAAAAUGCACUACUGACUUAUUAUGCAGUGUUUGAUUUAAAACGUUUGCUUAUCAUUUUUGUUGUCCACUAUUUGUAAAAAUCAUUUUAAAAAAAGACCAUUGUUUGACAGCAUGCACGGAAUUUCGUUUUAGUAUAUAUUUUGUAGUUUAUAACAAAGAGAAGAAACAUAAUUGUCAUUGUCACUUUCAUAUCAAUCUGUAAAUUAGGUAGACAAUUUCGUUCUUGUGUAUUGUGUUUAUCAGUUUGAAACAUUUUUGGCAUUCACCCUUUUGGUAAAUACAGAAUUGAUACAAAAACGCAUGCCUUUCUUUCUUGUGAAUUGUCUUGAUCAAUAAAUAGAGACUCAAAUGAUCUAUGUCUGAGAUUCCACUUAUUGCCUUUGAUUGUUUUGUUAACGGGAGAUCACCUUUUUAUGAUUUGAUAUAAAUUUCAUUGUAUUAUAGUGUAUACUAUUAAUAACAGGGUAAAUAUAUGAUGAUAAAAUAGAACACCCAGGAACAAGAAUAAGACAAAUAAACAGUGAUGUUUUUACAAUUCUUUAAAUGAAAAUAUAUAUGAGUAUGUAUUUGUUAUUAUCACAUAAUAUGAGACUUGCGUAACAUAAGUUAAUAAACCUUGUUCAAUAUACACUGAUUUCAUUCUUUUUCAUAAAUUGAUUAAAAAAUCAAACAUUAUCAUUAUUGCUAUGGCCGGAGUACAUUUAGCUGGUGCAUGAACUUAAACAUAGACCGUAUAGCUGUUAUAUAAUUGUAAAUUUUUAAGUGAUAAGCCUAGCUUUGUCAUCAGUAUAGACACAGACACUGCCGCGUUGACUAGACUGUAUAUUGCUUUUGUAUUACGAUAUUUAAUUCUGAUAAGAAACAAACGAACUGUUCCAACUUCAAAACUAGGUAAAUGCGUUACAAAAAUUCAUAGAAUUAAGUGUUUAAAAAGUAAACUACUGUCAAGUAAUUAAGAUUCGUGCAUUAAACCAAUAAGUACAGUUAAAGGGAAUUUGUGUGGAAGUCAAAAUACAUGUACUAAUUUGUUUACAUUUUGUUACUUUUAUGACAAAUUAUUUCACGUUAAUCACUACCUAGCAUUUAACAUUCUCUAAAACCACUAUUUAAAUAUUAUGAAACUCGUGUCUUCCUUGUAAAGAAGUAAAAAAAAUGUUUCUGGGGCAUUAUGUGCCUUUAAACAAUUCCUAUUGUGA